AUGGAACGAGCAAACGGGGAGCUUCCCAAUGUCACAGGCUCCUCCAACCAACCCAGAAUCAACAUCCUGCUGAUAAACCCAAACGCAACAGAAUACAUGACAACGGACUGUUUAAAUGCCAUUGCGCCUACACUGCCCUUAGGCGUUACAGUCCACGGAUUCACCGCUCCACAUCCCGCGCCGACAGCAAUCGAAUCCCAGACAGACGCAGUACUGUCCACUGCAGCGUGCAUCCGGGCAAUCAAGCCAAUAGCAAAAGACUACGACGCUUUUCUUGUUGCCUGCUUCCGAGAACAUCCACUUAUCAGCGUCCUGAAAGAAGAGUUCUCACAGCCCGUUCUCGGGAUCAUGGAAGCCGCGAUGUAUGCGGCGCGAAUGCUGGGAAAUAAGAUGGGAAUCGUGUGCAUGUCCGACCGAUCCGUGAUGGCCCAUCCACGCACUGUUUCUGCAUAUGGAUUCUCAGACUAUUUUGCAGGGUGUGAAUCCGUGAAGCUGGGUGUACUGGAGCUGGACUCCGAGCCGAAGGCCGAUGUGCAUGCGAAUUUGACCGAGAAGAUUCGUCAUCUUGUUGAGGGUCGAGGUGCUGAUUGUGUUCUCUUGGGUUGUGCAGGGAUGGCGGAGAUGCGGGAGAUUUGCAAGAGUGCUGUGGAAGGGACUGGAGCGAGGGUUUUGGAUGGUGUCGCUUUAGGAGUGCAGUUCCUUGUCGGCUUGGUGAGAGAAGAUCUUUCGACGGCUAAAUCAGGGGUAUAUCGAGAUUCUGGCGCGGAUAGGGCGAAGCGCAAUCAAGGUUGGCUUUGA